UAUAAGCUUCUCUAACUGCUGCUCCAUCAUCACAUCUCAUAGAAAGUUGAAGUUUGAGAAAAUGAAGAAUAAUAUUUCAAAGAGAAGUGGUGUUAGAAAGUAUCAUAAAUCAGAACAGCCACGCCUUAGAUGGACGCCUGAACUUCAUCAAUACUUUGUUCAUACUGUUGAAAGUCUUGGUGGAAAACACAAGGCAAGUCCAAAACACAUUUUGAAUAUGAUGCAAGUGAAGGGGCUCAGAAUCUCUCACAUUAAAAGCCAUCUUCAGAUGUACAGGAACGUGAAGGGAGAGAGGAUACUUGAAGAAAAUUCACAAUUCAAUCAUUGCUUCACUUCUUCAUCCCAAAGAACGAAGAAUAUCACUCAAGAAUUUCAGCCUUUAUACAGUAGAGGACUUUCAGAAACAAGUGAAACUUGUCAUUAUGAUCUAAAUCAGGAGCCCGAGUCAAGUGUAUGCUUUCAUAGUGAUAUAUCAAAUGAAGAAGGAAAUUGCACGAGUACCAAAUAUCUAAAUCUCCCAUUCCCUUUCAGUUCUCUGUCAAUUCCUAUGGUGCAUAGUGAUCAAGAAAGAACACAAUUUUCUUCACCAAAUACAACAGAUAAACACUUAGAAGUUUCUAGUUCCAUAAAAUCUAGCGAUUAUAUAAACUUAGACCUAUCAAUUUGAAUAUACAUGCACAUGUAAAUUUUUUAAACUUACGUGUAUUGAACCUUAUAACUAUUAGAUAAUAUGUUAUUUUACCCUAAGGAUAGUUUAGUCUUUUUCAUCUUUUGUAUUUAAA